UUGGCUUUUCGGCGUUUAAUGGGAAAUUACGAAGCAUUUGUUGGAGGCGAUUAUCGAAAUUGUACCGAAUAGAGGAGCUCACUGGCCGCGCACAGUGAAGUCCAGAAUCCAGAGAUCAUGUCCAGCUGCGGGCAGUUCAAUCCGUUCUACAUUGGACCCUAUCCGGAUCGUGCGUGCGGCGAUUGUCCGUAUGGCCAGUACUCGGGCUUCACCAGAUGCGGAUGGAGUGGCGGUAACGGGCCCUUUGGCACCACCUUCUGUGACUCCCGCUACGGCGGAGGAGGAGGAGGAGGAGGAGGAGGCCAAGGCUGUGGAGGAGGGAGAGGUGGUUGUGGAGGCAGAGGCAGAGGUGCUUGUGCGCCAUCUUGUGGUCCUCGUGGCGGAUCGUGGUCCUGUGGUCCCCGCCCGUGUUCCCCGUGCUAUCAGUUUCCAAACGGAGCGGACAGCUGCAUGAUGUGCUCCAGUGGAUUUGGCUGCUGUGGCCAAUCCUGUCGCGCAUCCUGCUACUCCUGCUGCUGAGCGUGCACGUCUCGUGAACUCUGGACUUCACUGUGUGCGGUUAAUUGGUUUCUUGAGCUUUUUUUUUUUUUUUUGAGCAAAAUUGAUUGUAAAGCUGGAACAAUUAUGGUUA